AUGACAUUUUUACCUGAAAAAGAUCCGAUUAACUUAUUUUCAAAGUGGUAUGAAGAAGUACUUAAUUCUCCUUGUAAACAACCAACUGCAAUGACGCUGGCAACUUGUAGCAAAGACUGCAUUCCAUCUGCAAGAGUAGUAUUACUAAAGGAAUACAGCAAAGAAGGUUUUGUGUUCUUCACUAACAUAAAUAGUAGAAAAGGAAAAGAAUUGACCGAGAACCCUAAAGCUGCAUUAGUGUUUCACUGGAUAGAAUUUGCUAGGCAAGUGCGAAUUGAAGGAGAUGUUAAACUUCUAAACGAUGAAAGAACUGACAAAUACUUCUCUUCUCGAGCACGCGAUAGUCAAAUUAGCGCAUGGUGCUCAAAACAAUCGAGCAUUCUGAAAGGUUGGCAAGAUUUUAAGCAAGCUAUAAAAUUGAAGGAGAAAGAAUUUUACAAUACACAAGUUUCUCGUCCUGACUUUUGGUUGGGAUUUUGCGUAAUCCAAAAAGUAAUUGAAUUUUGGCAAGAAGGUGAAUAUAGGAGACAAACUAGGUUGAGAUAUACUCUUAUUGAAGAAAGCAAUUGGAAAGUGGAACAAUUAUAUCCCUAG